AUGGCUAUCAUUGCCGACCACAGGUUGAAGCGACCUCAGUUCACAUCAGCACGGCUCAAGCGGGCCGAAGUGCUGUACCUGGAAACAGCCACGCACAGCUACGAGCCUGUAUCCGCUAGCAAGGUAAUCUACUCUGUAGCACUUUCCCAGGCCCAGCAGCAGCAGCAGCAGCAAACACAGCUCCUCACUGCUGCUGUAACCCACAUGCACACUCACACGCUCCCUCCCCUGCCUCCUCUCCACACCCUUGCAGAGAGCAAAGCAGCAGACGGGGAAGGGAAAGAGCACCCAGAAGCACCAGCUCACCCCCCUUCCAAGGCACACAAGAGCAGCACUGCAGCAGCUGAUGCUGCAAACGCUAACUCUCCCAACACAAACAGCACCUCUGCUGCCCCCUCUUCAGCAGCAGGAACAGCAGCAGGGGGCAGUCUGAGUGGCCCGAAACGACCCUUCUCUCUCUUCUCCUCUCCUCCCGGGGUCCUAAGCACCACCAGCACCACUUCUGAAACCCAGUGGGUGCUGCCUCAGAUUGCGUUAGCGCACAUGCAUGGGAAGGGAAAGGGGCCGAGAGACACGUACCAAUGGACCCAGUGCGUUCCUCCUCUCCCUCUUGAUCAACUCCGCUCCCACGGCUGCCCUCUUCCCACCGCUUUCACCAAGGUACGCCCUUUAAGGUCUCAGUGGGCUCUGCUGCCUCAGAGUGCGUUGGUCCACGUGCAUGGGAAAGGAAAGGGGUCGAGAGACACGUACCGGUGGACCCAGUGCGUUCCGCCCCUCCCUCUUGACCAGCUUCGCUCCCACGGCUGCCCUCUCCCUGCCGCCUUCACCAAGCCCUUAGAGUCCCAGCUUGUUGUGCCUCAAUCAAAGUGCGUCGGCCCAAGUGCAUGGGAAGGGCAAGGGGCCGAGAGACACGUAUCGCUGGACCCAGUGUGUUCCUCCUCUCCCUCUCGACCAACUCCGUUCCCACGGCUGCCCUCACCCUGCUGCCUUCACCAAGGCGCCUCAAAGGGCAUCUGGGGGCUGCGUGGCCUCUCAUCUGCCCUGGUUCUUGCUCUUCCCACAUUCCUUCUCCUGUUUCAGAUCCUCGAAAGUGGUCUGGCGCGGGACGAGGUGCAGUGGGCAUCUAGAGGGAUCCUUGAGUCUAGCCUGGCAUGGGACGAGGUGCACUGGGCGCCAGGGGGAGUGUGGGUGCGCCUGAUCCUCGAGUCCAGCCUAGCAUGGGACGAGGUGCAGUGGGCGCCAGGGGGGGUGUGGGUGAGGGGGCUGCACUACCCCGUCGUUAGGGCCCACUUCAUGCCCCGCAAAUCAUUCUCCUCGCAUUAG